AGAUAACUAGAGAGAGACAAAGAUGCCCCAGACUCCUUCAACUAGGUGGUGCCCAACCCCAGAGCAGCUGAUGAUACUGGAGGAGAUGUAUAGAAGUGGGGUUAGAACUCCAAAUGCUGCCCAGAUACAGCAGAUAACAGCCCAUCUCUCCUACUAUGGGAAGAUUGAGGGCAAGAAUGUGUUCUACUGGUUCCAGAACCACAAGGCCAGGGAACGGCAGAAGCUCCGCCGAAGGCUCGGUCGGCACCAACAACUGCUCCACUACCAGCUCCACCAGUCAGAGGAUGCUCCUCCUCCUCCUCCCUCCCCUAUACUCCAACACCACAUGCCUCCUCACUUCCUUCAUCAGGGGGCAACAAGCCAAGGUUUGGAUUUGGUUGGCAAGUUGGAGACUGUUGGAAUGGAAGAAGAAGAAGAAGAAGAGCCGAUGACAAGUGCUAUGGGGUUCGAGCAAGAAUGGAUGGCAACGAUGGAUGUGAGUUCAGCUGUUCCUCCAUGCUGCAGGCCUCUGAAAACUCUGGAUCUCUUCCCCGUCAAGAGCACCGGUCUCAAAGAUGAAUGCAGCUCCUCCAAGUCCUCCUCAUGCUCCACGUCCACGAACUAAAUGCAACCAGCUGCAUGCCUCUAACUGUUUCUCUAGCUCCAUCGGUCUAUAGGUCUUCUUUUAGCACCUCUAUCAUGUAACAUUUCUUGGUCCGUUUCACCUUCUAUUACUACUACUACUACUACUAAGACUGUUGUUGGACUGACUGUAGAAGAAGACACUCCGGCGGUAAUUCGUAUUUCUAUCUUCAUGCAGUCCUCUUUU